CGGCAUUUACGUGAGCCGAAUUAGCAAACUUUCCCAAGAUGCAGGAUAUUUUGCACAGUAAAGUUUCAGCAGUUAUUGAGCGAAAAAUGGAAUUAGCUCGAGUGGAAGCGAAACGACACCCUCAUAAACAGUGGGGGGAACGAGACAAACGAAAAGUACAACACACACUGCCAAAGAUUGAAAAUAUUCCAGUUAUAAAUUACGACAAGCUCAAGUGGCUGUGUUCUAUUGAUGGAUUAAGGAGUGGAACAAAUGAAAAAACAACUGAUGAAGCCCAUCAGCUUUUUAUGAAAAAUGUCCAGUCUAUGUUUGUCAAGCCUCCCAAAAAGCAUGGUCUCCCAAUCCAUUCAGAGAAAAGAGGAGUUGCCAGGGCUUCAGCAGCGAGUCUGUGCACAUCACGAGGAACAGUGAAGGCUGUUGCCCAAGCACCUGAUUCUAAAACAGUCACGGUUCCUGUGCAAAAGCCUCUGGCAAUUGACUCCGUUUCCCAUGAUGUCAGGGACCACCUUCGCUUGUUACAUAAGGAGCGAAAAAGUGAAGACCCCGAAUCUGUAAAGGCUGAAAAUCUAAAGACUGUGAGAAAACUUCUGAGGAAGCUCCCCUUUGACAGGACAACGGCAGACAACGAUAAGAUAUUUAACGUGAUGAAGACAUUUGACUUACUGAUUGAUGUGAUCCCGGAGAGUACGUUACGAGAGCUUUGUGCUGUAGCCAUGCUGGAAACACGGAAAGGGGAGAACACCACAGUAUUUGGCACCAUGGGUAUCCACGUGAUAUUACGAGGGACUGUCAAGCCUCAGACAUACCCAUAUGUAUGUACUACACCUGAACCUGACAUGUUUAGGUCACCAACACCGAUCUCCACAGACACAGAUGAAACGCUUACUGUGGGGAGCUGCUUUGGAACAUUGAAAAAAGUUGAAGGACGGGAACCAAAUUCAAAAAUUCUGAGUGUCGUCACCACAGAGCAGAAUUGUGAAUUUUUCAAAGUGACAACUUCUGAUUAUGCCAGAGUUAUAGAGCAAAUCCAUCACAGAGAACAGACAGAAAAAGUGAAUUUAUUGAUAUCUUGUGGCAAUUACAAACUAUGGCCCAGACAACCGUUGCUGAAGGUGGCAGACUUGAUAGAAUGGAUGAAAUACCCUGCCAACACCAUUCUGGUGAGUGAAGGAUACAAAGCUCCUUACUUGGCCUUCAUACGAACUGGAGAGUGCCAUGUUCUGAGGCAGGUUGAUGUCAUUGUUACACUGAAGAAUGGCCGCAAGGAAAAGAAAUCCAAACAGGUUGUAAUGGGGAAACUGAAGACAUCAGAUUCUUUUGCCGAGAUUAGUUUGCUGAAAAGGGAGCCUAUCACAUGUUCUGUAGUCACCGCAACGCCAGUGCAGCUGGGGGUCAUCACACCUGACAAGGUCGAAGAGCUAGAUGAUGUAACCAGGCAGUUGUUUGUACAGUCUAACGAGGAAACAUUUGGGAAACUUACAAAGGAUGACAUUGAAGAGGAGUAUAUUAACCAGGAGUUGAACAGAGAGUGGAAUGAAUUCAAGCAUAACCUUGUUGUUGACGUCAUCAAUUCACAUGGAAUUCUGCCUGGCUAUGGCAAAUGGUCUAACUGAGAUCAGUGUACAUCACAGGA